CGGAAAAUUACGAUACAGUAUGUAUUUGGCGUGGGGCUGCUUGCGACGGAUGACCUUUGGGGCGGGAUUUCCACUUGAAUUCAUCAUGUUGUCGGCCUGACCUGGUUCGGGUACCGUGACAUGUUUGUGGAGCUGAAGACUUCGGAUAUGCAGAGCGUCAGCGACCAUCUGCGGAGUUCUACCCCCAUGAGUUACUGGCUCGGUUCUACAGAAAGAAUAUAUAUAUAUCUCAUCGACGCGGCCAUUCAUCAUCUCUUUGAUACUCUACGUCUUUACCUGUCUUCACGCAUUCCAUCGCAAUCUUUCUCUCAAGAAUAACUACAACAUGCUGAGGUUCACACAAUCUGUCCUCCUUACUGCUCUCAUCGGUUCCGCCCUCGUCUCUGCAGAUGGAGGUUUCGCUCAAUCUUGUUCCAGUUGGGGCGGCGGUGAUGGAGAUGGCACCCUGAUCGCCCAAUGUGAGGGCAAACAGUAUUCCAUCAGUUUGGAUCAGUGUCUAGGCAAUCACAACGGUCAGCUGGUGGGCCAAUACAAUGGCGGUUUCGGAGGAUCUUGUAAUGACUUUGAAUACUCUGGCGACUCCUUCUACGCCACUUGUAAGAAUGACGCAGGCAAUUAUGGAUCGACAGGCAUAAACAUCAAUAACAUCAUCGGAUUCAACAACCCCAAUGGCUUGUCCUGCUUCGGCUUUUACGCCGACCCUUGUUUGGAUGGAGGUUGUGAUGGGCUAUGAUUUUCGCUCGCUUGCACAGUGGACCUGAGGUGACCGACUGUCAUGCUCUGGUGCGUUUUCUCCCUCGAGAGUCAAGCAGUAUAUGUAUAGUACUCGAAUGAAUGCCGAAUUGAAAACAG